AUGUCCUUCAGUCCGCUUCCAACAGAGGACACCUCCAAUGGUUGUUCGCCCUCGAUAAAGACCAAAGGAGACCAGGAGUCUAUGAAGCUAAAGAAGGAGAUCUCCCUGCUCAACGGGGUUUGCUUGAUCGUGGGCAACAUGAUCGGCUCGGGCAUCUUCGUGUCACCCAAGGGCGUCCUAAUCCACAGCGCCUCCUACGGCCUGUCUCUAGUGGUGUGGACCGUCGGCGGCAUUUUCUCAGUCUUCGGGGCCCUGUGCUAUGCGGAGCUGGGGACUACCAUCACAAAAUCGGGGGCCUCCUACGCAUACAUCCUGGAGGCUUUCGGGGGUUUCCUGGCCUUCAUCCGCUUGUGGACAUCACUGCUUAUCAUCGAGCCCACCAGCCAGGCUGUCAUCGCCAUUACCUUCUCCAACUACAUGGUGCAACCCAUCUUCCCCACCUGCAUAGCACCCUACGUGGCCAACCGGCUGCUGGCGGCCGCUUGCAUAUGUUUGUUGACCUUCGUGAACUGCGCCUAUGUGAAAUGGGGAACCAGGGUACAGGACUUCUUUACCUACGCCAAAGUCAUCGCCCUUAUUGCAGUCAUCAUCACAGGCCUGGUCAAGAUCUUCCAAGGUCACACACAGAACUUUGAGGGCCUCUUUGAAGGGUCUUCCCAGGAUCCAGGAGACAUCGCUCUGGCUCUCUACUCUGCUUUGUUCUCAUACUCCGGAUGGGACACGCUCAACUUUGUUACCGAGGAGAUCAAGAACCCGGAAAGGAAUCUGCCACUGGCUAUCGCCAUUUCCAUGCCAAUUGUGACAGUCAUCUACAUCUUAACCAACGUGGCCUACUACACCAUCCUACCCAUGAACGCAAUCUUGGACAGCGAUGCCGUCGCAGUGACCUUCGCAGACCAGGUGUUCGGAGUGAUGAACUGGACCAUUCCCUUGGCGGUGGCUCUAUCAUGCUUCGGAGGACUUAACGCUUCCAUUCUGGCAUCUUCCAGGCUGUUUUUCGUGGGCUCCAGAGAGGGUCACCUGCCUGACAACCUGUGCAUGAUUCAUGUGCAUCGCUACACGCCAAUCCCGGCGCUGCUCUUCAACGGAGUCAUGGCUCUGAUCUACUUGUGCGUGGAGGACGUCUUCAAGCUCAUCAACUACUACAGUUUCAGCUAUUGGUUCUUUGUCGGCCUUUCCAUUCUAGGACAGCUUUACCUGCGCUGGAAGCAGCCUGACAGAAAGAGGCCAUUGAAGCUCAGCUUGGUCUAUCCGAUCAUUUUUUGCCUCCUCACCAUAUUCCUGGUAGUCGUGCCAUUGUACAGCGACACGGUCAACUCCUUGAUUGGCAUCGGCAUUGCCUUGUCCGGCGUGCCGGUUUACUUCCUGUGCUGCUACACUCCCGCCCACAAAAGGCCAUUGUGGUUACGAAGUAUCAUCGCAAAGUCUGGGGUGCUCAUCCAAAAGGUCUGCUUCUCGGUUUUAACAGAAGUGGACGUCGAUCACAAUGACUGA